UCAUAGUCUCGGAGGAACAAGUUAAACUGGCUAAUACGUUGAGAGCAACGAUAUCGGGGACUGUGACGAUACGGUUGACGAAAUUGGGCCUCGGGCAUUGUAAGGAAUUUCCUUUGACAAUGUUCUUAUCAAUGUGUUACUACCACUGACACUAAAAGUAUCCCAGGGAUGAAUUGGCAAAAGUGUUAGACACCUAUUACGGAGAGAAGACAGCUCUACGUCCCCCUGUUACAGAUACCAACAGCCGCCGGCCCUCGUGACCAUGGUGGAAUCAGGGGCUUCCGCUGCCUUCCUCCAUAUACUGCUAUAUGCUCUGCUCUCAUUACUGUUGAGCCCCGGGGAUACCGAAGCCGACCAAGUUGUUCUCUUGGAUACAACAACAGAAGGCAGUCUUAAAUGGACAAAAUUUCCUUUCGGAAAGCAAGCCAAUACACCCGGUUGGGUUGAAGAGUCAUUUACAAAUUUUGACAAAGGCAUCAAUUGGAGGAGUUACGUUGUUUGUGAUGUGGCAUACAAUAAUGUUAAUAAUUGGCUAUGGACACCCUUUAUCGAACGAGGUCCAGCCAAUCGAAUGUAUAUAGAAAUCAAAUUCACAGUAAGAGAUUGUUCGUUGUUUCCUGGAAAUGCACUUAGUUGCAAAGAGACCUUCAGUCUUCUUUAUUACGAAUUCGAUGCCGCAACAAAGGAACCACCGCCUUGGGAACCAGAUAGCUAUAAGCUUAUAGGUCGAAUAGCGGCGAAUGAGGGUCGUUUUAAUAGCAAUACUGAAGUGAUAAUAAAUACGGAAGUAAAGUCAGUUCCAGUGACAAAGAAGGGUGUCUAUUUUGCGUUUCGCGAUCAGGGUGCUUGCAUUUCGUUACUGGCUAUCAAAGUAUAUUACAUCAGCUGUCCUGAGAUAUCAGUAAAUUUUGCUCAUUUCCCGGCGACACCAACGGGUCGAGAAGUCGCCCUAAUCGAGCAGACUCUUGGUACGUGCGUAGUCAAUGCUAUAAAGAUCGAGCAACCAACAUACCUUUGUAAGGGCGAUGGUAAAUGGUAUCUUGCUAAUGGCGGUUGUCACUGUAAGCCUGGUUAUCAAGCCGAUGUUUUUAAACAAGAGUGCAAUGAAUGUCCCAUCGGUAAAUUCAAACACGAGGCCGGUGAACAUGUCUGCGAACUUUGUCCUGCGCACAGCAAGGCACCAGAUUACGCUUUUACGGAAUGCAGGUGCGAUUCUGGAUAUUAUAGACCAAGCAAGGAUCCUAAAAAGACACCCUGCACUCAACCACCUUCAGCACCACAAAACCUUACAGUUAAUUUUGUUGAUCAGUCAACUGUAAUUUUAUCUUGGAAUGCUCCACAUAUAUUAGGUGGUCGAGUAGAUACGACGUACAGAGUGGUCUGUGAUGCUUGCAGUUCUGGAGUUAAGUACAUUCCUAACACUGAAAUUUUUAACGAUACCAAGAUUACGAUUACUGGAUUAAAUGCUGUAACAACUUACCGUUUCCAAGUAUUUGCGGAAAAUGGAGUUUCACCCUUAGUUGGUAGGUCCGAAUACGUCGAUAUAACGGUGACAACAGAAGCAAGUGUGCCGAGUCUUGUUAGUAACGUUAGAAUUACCAGCGUCAAAAGUUCUGAACUGAGUAUUAGUUGGGAUGCACCGAUAAAUGAUAUUGGCGGUGAUAGUGACCUUGUUGAAAGAUACGAAGUCAGAUGCUAUUCUCGAUUUGAGGAUGCAACCAAUGCGACUGUGAUUCAAACAUCCGAUCUCUCAUCAACAUUCAAGGGUUUGAAACCUGCAACAGACUAUGCAAUACAGGUACGCGCAAAAACUACGCGUGGCUGGGGCGAGUAUACACCCAUUGUUUACAAAAAGACUUCUCACGCAAUGGGACUAGAUUAUGUCGGCGAAGAUGAUAACAUGCAAGUUCGAAUUAUUGCUGGAGCAGUAGUGGCAGUGGUUGUUCUAUUAGUAAUAAUAAUUAUUAUGACAGUACUCUUUUUAAAAAGCAGGGCCUCGGAUGAAUGUAAUAAGAAACAACCAAGCGACUGUGACACUUUGGAAUAUCGAAACGGAGAAGGACUAGUUGUGACCUACAUGACCACACCGCUCUUUACACCUGCUGUUGGAGUAGCCGCCUCGAGUAGUGGUGCAGGUGGUACGAGUGGUGCCAAUGCCAGAAGCUAUGUAGAUCCUCAUACAUACGAAGAUCCGAAUCAAGCGGUUCGUGAGUUUGCUCGAGAGAUCGACGCUGGAUACAUCACCAUCGAGGCUAUUAUUGGUGGUGGCGAGUUUGGAGACGUAUGUCGAGGAAAAUUGAAGCUUCCACCAGAUGGUAGAUCAGAGAUUGAUGUGGCUAUAAAGACAUUGAAACCUGGUUCCGCCGAUAAAGCACGUAACGAUUUUUUAACCGAAGCCUCUAUAAUGGGUCAGUUUGAACAUCCCAACGUUAUAUUUUUGCAAGGAGUCGUAACGAAAAGCAAUCCUGUGAUGAUAAUCACCGAAUUUAUGGAGAACGGUAGCCUGGACACUUUCCUACGCGCGAAUGAUGGUAAGUUCCAGGUACUCCAACUCGUUGGUAUGUUACGCGGUAUUGCGAGCGGUAUGCAGUAUCUGGCGGAGAUGAAUUAUGUACACCGAGAUCUCGCAGCAAGAAACGUACUCGUCAAUGCAGCUCUUGUAUGUAAGAUUGCGGAUUUUGGAUUGAGCCGAGAAAUCGAAAGUGCUACGGAAGGAGCAUACACAACGAGAGGAGGAAAAAUCCCGGUAAGAUGGACUGCUCCAGAGGCGAUAGCAUUUCGUAAAUUUACUAGCGCCUCAGAUGUCUGGAGUAUGGGUAUCGUAUGCUGGGAAGUGAUGUCCUACGGCGAGAGGCCUUAUUGGAAUUGGUCGAAUCAAGAUGUGAUAAAGUCUAUAGAAAAAGGUUAUCGAUUGCCAGCGCCUAUGGACUGCCCUGAAGCAAUUUAUCAACUUAUGCUUGAUUGUUGGCAAAAGGAACGGACUCAUCGGCCAACUUUCGCUAAUCUUACACAAACAUUCGAUAAACUCAUUCGGAGUCCAGAUACUCUCAGAAAAGUUGCUCAGAACAGGGGCACGAAUCCUUUAGCUCCAGAUGCUGUGGAUCUGACGCAGUUGACAUCAGUGAAUGAGUGGUUAGCAUCAAUCAAGAUGUCCCGUUAUGCAGAGAGUUUUGAACGGGCUGGAAUAACAAAUCUUGAAGCGGCUGCACGAGUCACUGUACAGGAGCUCACGGCUCUUGGUAUAACCCUUGUUGGCCACCAGAAAAAGAUCAUGAAUAGUGUAACGGCCCUUAGGACCCAGAUGUCAGCGACAUCACAAGGUUUUCUCGUUUAGCCUUCACUUCCUCGGUACUACAAAGAUCUGUUGUCAAUCUCUCUUGACUCAUCGAUAAACAUUGAUAGAGCUCUAAUGGAUCUAUAUCAUCGAAAAAUUUCAGAAUAAUGAAAUUGAUGUUACAAUUCAUUGACGCAUAGUCAUACAUUGACUAUUGAGUCGUGAUUCUUGUGACAAUAUAUGUAUAGUUGAAUUAUAACGAAGUCGAAAUGCUUGACAUAACUCAAUUAUACAUGCAAAUUUUCAUAUAAUUUAUCACUUAAAUAACUAGAUAAAUACAGACUUGAACAAGUGAUUGGGAGCUUAAUACUUAAAUGUUUA